UUGGAUUUCCACUGGGCUUGAGUUCUUUCUUCUCCAUUCUUACUGUUCUUCUCCAUUUUCACUGUUCUUCUUCUUCUUCUCUCUUUACUCUUUCUCUCUCUUCUUUCUAGCUUCCAUUCUCCAUUAUAGCUGGGUUUUUAGAAGCAAAAAAGAAAAAGAGAGAAAAAAACCCAGAAAGUGAUUUUUUUUGGGGUUAAUAAGCAAUAAAAAGUGAUUUAGAGUGGGGAGAGAGUGAAAGGGAAUGCUUUUGUAGAUGUACAAUGUUUCAUUUCUUAAUAAGGAAAGAUGUUAGGAAGAUUCUCAAGCGCAAAGACAGUGAUGCCGGUGAAAGAGGAAGAGCUCUCGAAGACUUACGAGCCUCACUCUUCAAUGAGCUUCGCUCAUUGGAAGGUGCAAGACGCCAGCAGCAACGAUUAUGUGGUCCUGCUGCCGCUCUUACCUUCAAUUUUGUGGUUGCUGUUGGCAUUAUUUUCAUGAAUAAAUUGGUGCUUAAGAAUGUUGGAUUCCAGUUUCCUAUACUCCUCACAUUCAUUCAUUAUGUUGUAAGCUGGCUAUUGAUGGCAGUCCUAAAUGCAUUUUCUAUUCUCCCUGCCUCUCCCUCAAAGCCGACCCGUUCAUCUACUUUGUUUGCUCUUGGUUUUGUUAUGGCUCUGUCUACUGGCCUUGCUAAUGUUAGCUUAAAGUAUAAUAGCGUUGGUUUUUAUCAGAUGUCUAAGAUUGCAGUCACCCCAUCAAUUGUUCUGGCCGAAUUUUUGUUGUAUAAAAAGAAAGUUUCUUUCUCCAAGGUUCUAGCACUUACAGUAGUAUCUAUAGGUGUCGCUGUUGCGACGGUAACAGAUCUACAGUUCCAUCUUUUUGGCGCUUGUGUAGCAUUAGCAUGGAUAGUGCCGAGUGCGGUCAACAAGAUCCUCUGGUCCAGUUUACAACAGCAGGAGAACUGGACGGCUUUAGCGCUAAUGUGGAAGACAACACCAAUCACCUUGUUUUUCCUGGUUGCGUUAAUACCUUGGUUAGACCCGCCCGGUGUCCUCUCCUUUAAUUGGAACUUAAUUAACACAUCGGCGAUUGUCACGUCAGCCUUUCUUGGUUUCUUGCUUCAGUGGUCAGGCGCUUUGGCACUUGGGGCUACAUCUGCAGUCUCCCACGUUGUUCUUGGCCAGUUCAAAACGUGCGUCAUUCUUCUCGGAAACUAUUACCUCUUUGGUUCCAAUCCUGGCACAACAAGCAUCUGUGGCGCAUUUACAGCUAUUGCUGGUAUGACUGUCUACACUUACCUCAAUUUAAAGCAGCAGUCGACCAAAGCAUCGUCUCGACAAGCCUCUUCGCUGCCAAAGUCUAAGCUUAGUAAAGAAAACAGUGGUGCCCAUGAUGGGAACUACGGUAGAGAAUCUGUCUAAAACCAUUGUUUGGUCUCGGGCGUGAGAAAAUAAAAACUAAAAUCACUAACUUGGAGCAAUGUUUCACUUAAUUGUUUUUAGACUAAAAUUUUCUAAUCUAAUUAUGAAAUUAGUGCCCUAUAUAUUUGUGUCAAUACCACAAUGAAUUGAGCAUUGUAGAUUCUGUGGAGGGCCUAAGUUUUUAUUUUAUUAAUUGACACUGAAUUGAGCAUUGUACAUAUGAA